AUGGUGAAGCUCCAAAGCAUGUUACCUCUCUUGUCUAAGCGGUGUUGGGAACGAGGAUUCUUGCUUCAUCUUGUUCAUGAAAUGGAAUUUGCAUCUUCUUCUGCUUCCGUUCCUCAGCUUCUCGUGACUCUCCUGGCUGUUCCAGCAUGUGUUGCAACUUGCAUCACACGCUGGUUUGACCGGGACGACCCUUCGGGAGUGGGAGACUUUGAAACGCUCGUUGAUUUGAGGAACGAAUACCCAGGACUCAUUUGCCUUCAACCCACCGGGAUCGAAGCUCAAACUUUGGAUGGAGCUCCAGCAUCUUCCACUGGGCAAAUCUUUAACCCGUUCAACACCGUGGAUGGAUUUGCUUGUGUCAAUAGUCAGCAGUCAACGGAUCCAUGCAAGGAUUACAGUGUUCGCUUUAUCUGCCCUCCAGACUUUUGUUCAGGUGAGUAG